UAUAAGUGAACAUGUAUCGUAAUUUUUGUCAUGUUCACAGGUACUUUCAGUUCCUUUUUUUUUUUUCUUAUCAAAAUGAUUAAAACAAAAUUAGUUUUCUUGGAAAUAUCAUAAUCAGUCAACUUUCUGAGCUUGACCAGUUCGUAUUUCUGCUGCUAUCAGGAAAAGUUUCAAUGGACAAAUAAGUCAACAGCACAGAUGCAUUUGAUUUCUAGAAAAAAUGAUGAAAGAAAGGAAGCAAAAAAGCAAAAGAAGACCAAUCACAGAUGUGUGAGGUAUAAAGGGGAGGGGCUGGUUUGAGUUUAGAGGUGGCCUUGCUAGAUCUCACCCACAUGUAGGCUUCCACUGGUCGAUGACACCUCUGGUUGAGGUCGCGAUGCGUGUUAAUGCAUCUCUGUUGACUUGCUCGUGGCAGGACGCAGUCUCUACCUUGAUCGCAUAGGCUGACAUGAGAUUUCUCAUCUCAACAUCAAACCUGAUCAUCUCACUCCAGCCGCACCCUCUUUGAAGAUGAUCCGCAUUCAUAACCCUCACCACGUGCCAUUUCUGCAUCAGACGGAGAAGCUCCGCCAGGCUGGAACCCUUUGUGACACGCUUCUCACCGUGGAGGGCCUUUCAUUUAAAGCCCACGCUCUGAUACUAGCGCUGGCGAGCAAACGUCUUAAGCGUCAGCUAACAAACCAGAAUGGUUCAAGUUCAGGGUACUGCUGCGUUAUAGACAGAGUCUCUUCCCACACCUUCAAGCAAAUCCUAGACUAUGUGUACAGUGAAUCGCUGGAGGUGCCCAAAGAUGAUCUUGAGGAGCUGCUGAGGGGCGCUGAGUACCUGGAAGUGGAGUCUUUGGUAGAACAAUGUCAAGCACUACUUAGAGAUCCAGAAUCCCCAACUAAGACAGACACAAAAGUGGUAAAUUCCCUCCAAGAUGACAAAGCACACAAGGACACUCAGUUGUCUAAAAAUAGCCACAAUUUGGAUGAAGACCACCUUGAUUGUUCUUUAAAAGAAGAACGUUCUUCCACCAAGAGGUCGGUCCAUGAUGCACAUAAGAAGAGCUGUUCUCCCGUGUCUCCUCUGCCUCCCAUGUUCUCCAGAGAGACCAUCAUCUCCUCUAGCUCUCCGUCUCCAAGCCCUCGCCUCUGCUGGCCGCCGGUCAGCCCAUCUAGGAGCAUGGUGUUAAACUGUAGAGAAAUUAUGACCUUCCACUCCCUUCGAGCAUAUCCCUACCCCACACCCAUGUACCCCAUCCUCCACCACUCGCUCCAACCACAGAUCUCCUCCUCUAUUAUGGGUUACACGGGGUUGCUUCACCCCUAUCACCCUCUCAUACACACUCCUCCGCUGACUCAAGACAGUCCCUUCGUUCCUGGUCUGAAAGGAAAGAACGCCUCUAUCAGCGCAGCUUUAAUGGGGUCCAAGUCAGAUGAUCAAGAGAGGAAGCCAAAGGUUCAAGAGGAGAGGGAGAUAUGCUGCAGACACUGUGGUAAACCAGCCCUGGAAAACCCCUGGAGGCCAACGACUGGGUCAUCAACCUCAGGUACUGGGGAAAUGGCACUCAGGUGUAAGUUCUGUGGCCGAGGCGGACGGGACAGGCGAUCUCUGCGCUCACUCAGGAGGGGUGUCGGAGGAGAGAAGCCUUACCAGUGCAAACAGUGUAGCAAGAGGUUCAGCCUUAAACACCAGCUGGACACACAUCACCGGGUCCACACAGGUGAAAAACCAUUUGAGUGUCGGCUGUGUGGCCAGCGUUCACGUGACUAUUCAGCUAUGAUCAAGCAUCUGCGUACUCACGGUGGCGCCACUCCUUACCAAUGCACCCUGUGUCUGGAGUUCUGUAGCAGCCUGGCAGCCAUGCAGAAACACCUGAAGAAUCACCCCACGCAGGACUUCCCUCCAGACUGGAGCCUGAGCAGCACGUACCUGUACAACUGCCACACCUGAGCCCUGCGCGAUAAAACAUGUAGAUAUAAAAAAUUUAAUACAGAUUUGAUCUUUUUAAUACUUUUAUUAAUUUUGAAGCCAUUAUAUAAAUAUGAUAAUAUAUUUAAAACACAUUCAAAGGACAGUUGCCAGUUGAUUUUUAUUUUCUUUGAAGAUGUCUAGUUGGGUGAACACUUCACUCACCAAUUAAGAUGAAGUAGACUGUAAUUUGCCAAUGCUUAUAAUAGAGGUCUGCAUUCCCGAUCAGAUUUCUUGCUACACGGGAUUAAAUUAUCGAAUAAAACGCGGUUGCGGUAGGUAACUCUGGUGCAAUUUGAACAGGAGCGGGCGGACUAACAAUAUCCCGUUCCCGACGUCUUUUCAGAACAGCAUAUCUGUGCUUUAUUCAAGCACCGGUACAGCCUGCACUGGACUGUUAUGCACGCGCUGCACGCAUGAAACAGUGCUUCGUUUUAUUUGCGAGUGUCUGCGCGCAGCAUACGCAUAAGGAUGCUCAGAGCAGGCUAGCCUACCAGUGAAUAUAGCUUACAGCCGCAGACAGAACAGGCAGGUUGUCCAUGAGUGACAGAGCAGAAUAAAGAUGGAGCAAAAUGUGGAUGCGCUGUCCUUCAGCGCUCAACUCGGUUUUGUUUAUAUUUUGCUUAGCCUAUAAUUUUAAAUGACAGAUGUCGAAUUUAUUUAUUUAUUUAUUUUUCUUCCGCACACUUUUCCUAGGCUACUGUGUUUACAGCAAGAUGUUAAACGAAUUUAGUAUUUUGACAAGACGAAUAAAAUUAUAAUAGGCCAUUUUUGUACAACCUACAUCUUUUUUUUCUCUCUGGGACACUUGUUCCUAUAUUGUGUUGUAAAGGUUAAACGAAUUGUAUCCUGACAAGACGAAUAAAAAUAAGGAAUACAAUUUUUGUACAUUUUUAUUUUCUCUGUGACACUUUUUUUUCCUACUGUGUUGGCAGCAAAAUGUUAAACGAAUUUCGUGUCUUAAGACACAAAAUUCGUUUAACAUUUUGCUAUCAAUAAAAGACUCUUGACGAGACGAAUAAAAUAACAAAUACAAUUUUGUGCAGACUAAACUUUUAUUUGUUAGCCUAUCUGUCUUUCUUUCAGUAGAGGAAAUUUAAAUGUGUGAUUCUGGAAACGAGAUCUAAAUUUAGCGGGAACGGUCGGGUCGGGAAGAUAAUUAUUCAAAGCGGACAGCGGGUGAACAAAGAGUAAAUAUAUCGCGAGAGCGGGUGGGUGCGGGAUAUAACCUCGCGGGAGCGGGACUUAAAAAACAGUCAGGCGCAGACCUCUAGCUUAUAACUUACUCUGUGAAAUAUCACAAUAGCAUGAAAUAUAUGUUUGUUAAUUUAUUGAGCUGGUCAAAUCUGUAUCAUUUAUCUAAGCACUCACUAUGUGAUCUAUUUACGCACUGUAUACAAUCUUUUAAUAAAAGCAUUAUGAUUAAAAUACUAAGACUCUGUCAGUGUCUGUUUUAAUGCAGAAAAAUGCAGCAUAUAGAACAGCAAGUAGCUUCAGUAUGUGACAGUAUAUCUGUGUUCCGUAAUUGUUUUAGCUUUUAAGGCAGUAAGUGUAGAGAUAUGUAUUUAUGUCUUUGUCAAAACAUUUCCAUUUACAUCUAUUAUGACAGAAGGUUUUAAGAUUUAAAGCUAUGUAGUAAAGUAGCAAUAAGACAGAAUAGACAUUUUGAAUGGCCAUCAAUGGUGAAAAGAUGCUUAAUGGUGUAGUUCCGGUAUCUACCAGCAGAGGCUGCCAUACAGAUCAAAUAACACAUGAAGGAAAGUUUUCAUCUUUCUCAGUCUGGCAAAACCUUUUUUUUUUUUUUUUUUUUUUUUACAGUCUAUGGGUUGCAGCAAUGAUUUAAUAAUGACAUAUAAUGAGACUGGGGUUGAAUGUGUGAUGCAACCAGAUGCUUUAAAUUUACAACACCGCAUUGAUGCUUGUUAUAGUUUACUGAGCCUCUGUGAAUAAAGAAUAACCAAAGAUUUUGCAAUAGAAUGGCAAAGAUACCCUAACUUGAGCAAUAAUACAUCAACAAUAUGGAGAUAUUCUUUCAAGGGUAAUAAAAUGGACUGUAACAAUUGUUUUCAUGUAAAAUAUAUUUAUUGCUUUUGUAUAA